AUGCCAGAUUCGAAACGUGUGAUUCCUCUCGAAUCCAAUCCUGACAUCUUCAAUUCCCUUGCACAGAAGAUUGGGCUCACGCCCGUUCUCUUCUUCCAUGAUGUGUACUCAAUCUCCGAACCGGACUUGGUUGCCCUCUUACCCCAGCCUGCCUUGGCUGUCAUCAUGUUGUUCCCGAUAACCAAGAAUUACGAAGAUUAUCGUAAACUGGAAGAUGCAAAGCACAGCAAUACCUCCGACCUGGUUCACUGGUUCAAGCAGACUAUUGGCAAUGGCUGUGGGCUCUAUGCAUUGCUCCACGCUAUUGCCAACUUGCCCCACGACUUUAUCAUUGAAAAUCUGGUCUUGAACAAAUUGUUGCUUCUGCAGAUUUCGUUCGAGCUGCUGGAUGAGGAGAAAGCCAAGUUGGUGGAGGCAUUGGAGCAGAACAUCCAGCUCGAUGAUAACUAUGGAGUUCAAGGCCAGACCGAGGCUCCACAAGCUGAUGAAUCCAUUGAGUAUCAUUUCAUAACCUUUGUCAAAGGCACUGACGGCCACUUGUAUGAAUUGGACGGUAGAAGAACUGGUCCAGUGGAUUUGGGAGAGAGCAACGAGACCCACAUCAUUGUCGACCCCAAAUUGGAGCAAAAAGUGAAAUUCUACAUGGAGAACACCGAAGAGAAGCAUAGAAAUAACUUUGCUUUGUUGGCUCUCGCUCCUUCCAUGUAA